GGGCCGGUUAAAAAAAAUUCAGUAGCCAUGUCUAAACCCCAUGAUGCAGGGACUGCUUUUAUCCAGACCCAGCAGCUGCAUGCUGCCAUGGCAGACACAUUCCUGGAACACAUGUGUCGCCUGGAUAUUGAUUCUCCACCAAUCACUGCAAGAAACACUGGCAUUAUCUGCACAAUUGGCCCGGCUUCUCGGUCAGUGGAAAUGUUGAAAGAAAUGAUUAAAUCUGGAAUGAAUGUUGCCCGCCUCAACUUCUCUCAUGGAACCCACGAGUAUCACGAAGGAACCAUCAAGAAUGUGCGAGAAGCUACCGAGAGCUUUGCUUCUAAUCCUAUUAUUUACAGACCUGUUGCUGUUGCACUAGAUACUAAGGGACCGGAAAUUCGUACUGGACUCAUCAAGGGUAGCGGCACAGCGGAAGUGGAGCUGAAGAAGGGGGCAGCCCUGAAACUGACCCUGGACAAUGCCUACAUGGAGAAAUGUGAUGAGCACGUCCUGUGGGUGGACUACAAGAACCUCAUCAAAGUUGUAGAUAUUGGCAGCAAAAUCUAUGUGGAUGAUGGUCUUAUUUCCCUGCAGGUUAAAGAGAAAGGUUCCGACUAUGUCCUCACUGAAGUCGAAAACGGCGGACUGCUAGGCAGCAAGAAAGGAGUCAACUUACCGGGUGCCGCGGUAGACCUUCCUGCUGUUUCUGAGAAGGACAUCCAGGAUCUGAAAUUUGGCGUGGAGCAGGAUGUGGACAUGGUGUUCGCUUCUUUCAUCCGCAAAGCUGCUGAUGUUCACGCUGUCAGAGAUGUACUGGGGGAAAAGGGAAAGAACAUCAAGAUUAUUAGCAAGAUUGAAAACCACGAGGGAGUGCGCAGGUUUGAUGAGAUUUUGGAGGCAAGUGACGGCAUCAUGGUAGCUCGUGGUGAUCUUGGUAUUGAAAUUCCCGCUGAAAAAGUCUUCCUUGCCCAGAAAAUGAUGAUUGGUCGAUGCAACAGGGCUGGCAAGCCAAUCAUCUGUGCUACUCAGAUGUUGGAGAGCAUGAUUAAGAAGCCGCGCCCAACGCGUGCAGAAGGAAGUGAUGUAGCCAAUGCUGUUCUGGAUGGAGCAGACUGCAUCAUGCUCUCUGGGGAGACUGCUAAGGGAGACUACCCUCUGGAGGCCGUUCGUAUGCAACAUCUGAUUGCUCGCGAAGCCGAGGCAGCCAUCUUUCACAGGCAAUUGUUCGAAGAGCUCCGCCGGCUGGCCCCCCUGAACCGGGAUCCCACCGAAGCCGCCGCUGUCGGCGCUGUGGAAGCUUCCUUCAAGUGCUGCAGUGGGGCCAUUAUCGUGCUCACCAAGUCUGGAAGGUCUGCUCACCUAGUGUCCAGGUUCCGCCCACGCGCUCCUAUCAUUGCCGUGACCCGUAAUGAGCAGACAGCCCGCCAGGCCCAUCUGUACCGUGGCAUUUUCCCCGUGCUGUGCAAAGCACCCACCCACGAUGCCUGGGCAGAAGAUGUUGACCUCCGAGUUAACCUGGGCAUGGAUGUUGGCAAAGCUCGUGGAUUCUUCAAGACCGGUGAUCUGGUGAUCGUACUCACAGGAUGGCGUCCUGGUUCCGGCUACACCAACACCAUGCGGGUGGUGCCAGUGCCCUAAGCAUCCAGCCCAGCGAUCUCAUCUCUUCCCUACUGUCUCGGCACCUUCCCCUUGCAUUAGACCAGCAUUUGCUUGCAGUAUUGUCCUUGUCUGUAGAGUGGGUAGAGGCUGCCGAAAACCA